GAGGGAGGGAGGAGGGAGGAGUUACUCAAGUUUGAACAUAUCGUGUGUGCUGGUGGAAAGUUGCAAGGAAUGUCGAAACUACAGCCUGGCUCAACCUGUGGAGCUCAAAAGAGACAUGGCAGUGGUUCCCUGUGCGCAGCCGGCCCUGGGCGAGGCAGAAAUGUAGAUGGCAGCUGCUGUCGUUGAAGGACUCACACCCGUCUGACCCUGCGCAGCGCCUCACAUUGCUACCAUGAUCUUCUGCAUGCUACUGCUGGCCUCGCUGCCCGAGCCGUCUGGCACCGAAGUCAACCCUGCUAUAUGCCGUUACCCUCUGGGUAUGCACGAAGGGACGAUACGGGAUGAAGACAUCACUGCUUCCAGCCAGUGGUAUGAUUCUACUGGACCCCAGUACGCAAGGUUACAAAGAGAGGAGGGGGAUGGAGCCUGGUGCCCGGCUGGCUUUUUGCAACCUGAAGAUGUCCAGUUUCUCCAAAUCGACCUGCACAAACUCUUUUUCAUCACCUUGAUUGGGACUCAGGGACGGCAUGCCCGUGCCACAGGCAAAGAAUUUGCCCCUGCAUACCGAAUUGACUAUAGCCGCAAUGGAGAGCGCUGGAUCUCCUGGAAAGACCGUCAGGGCAAGAAGGUGAUCAAGGGCAACAUUGAUACUUAUGAUGUGGUCUUGAAAGAUCUUCGACCUCCCAUCAUUGCACGUUUUGUCCGGGUCAUUCCUGUGACAGAGGUGCCCACGACUGUCUGUAUGAGGGUGGAGCUCUACGGCUGUGUCUGGUAUGAUGGUUUGGCAUCCUAUAGCAUCCCUGAAGGAGGGACAAUAGCGGCUCCUGGCUUCCCCAUCGUUUAUCUGAAUGACUCGACCUAUGAUGGCUACCAGGAGCGCAGGCACUUGUAUGGUGGUCUGGGCCAGCUGACGGACGGUGUGCUGGGACUGGAUGACUUCACGCAGAGCCACCAGUACCGUGUGUGGCCAGGCUAUGACUAUGUGGGCUGGAAGAAUGACAGCUUCGUCACGGGCUGUGUUGAAAUGGAGUUCCAGUUUGACCGACCACGGAACUUCACCUCCAUGAAGGUGCAUUGUAACAACAUGUUUUCCAAGGGGGUGAAGAUCUUCCAGAAGGUGGAGUGUCUGUUCAAACCACGCCUGAUUGCAGACUGGGAGUCCGAACCUGUUGGAGUGGCAACUGUCUUAGAUGACAAAAACCCCAGCGCUAGGUUUGUGACUGUCCCCCUCAAUCAGCGCGUGGGCAAAGCCAUACUUUGCCGUUUCUACUUUGCUGACACCUGGAUGAUGAUGAGCGAGAUUUCCUUCCAGUCAGACAUGGAGAGCGUGAAUCCGAAUUUCGUUACGGUAGCCACAAGCACAACAGAUCUCUUGGAAACAGAGUACAACGUUACUGAGGGGACCUGGGAAACCACAUCUUCUGUAACCAGCACCUGGAUAGGAGAGAAAGCAGAUGAGUCCAAUACCUCCAUCCUUGUGGGCUGCCUUGUGGCUAUUAUUCUUUUGCUCCUGCUGAUUAUAAUCAUCAUUCUUUGGAAGCAGUAUGUUCAAAAAAGGUUGGAAAAGGCCCCGCGUCGAAUCCUGGAGGAGGAUGCCACGGUUCGCCUGUCCUUCUACAGCUACACUAUUGCCAACAACCAGACCCAGAUCCACCAGUCAAACCCCACCUAUGAACGUGCUUUCCCACUGGAUUUGGAGUAUCAUCAGCCGGCUACGCUGCUCCAAAAGCUUCCAGAGCUCUCUCAAAGUGCAGAGGAUUCAGUGUGCAGUGGGGACUAUGCCGAGCCCGACCUGACCAAGUCCACUCCUCACCAAGGCUUUCAGAACAAUGUUCCUCACUAUGCUGAAACGGACAUCGUCCACCUGCAGGGUGUGACCGGCAACAACAUGUACGCAGUCCCAGCCCUCACCGUGGAUUCACUUACCAAAAAGGACAUCUCAGUGGGUGAAUUCCCACGCCAGCAGCUACGGCUCAAGGAGAAGCUGGGAGAAGGACAGUUUGGAGAGGUGCACCUUUGUGAAGCUGAUGGCUUGCUGGAAUUCCUGGGAGUCCCAUCUACAGAGUUCACUCACCAGCCAGUUCUUGUAGCAGUGAAAAUGCUGAGAUCGGAUGUCAACAAAACAGCCAGGAAUGAUUUCCUGAAGGAGAUCAAGAUCAUGUCACGGCUGAAGAACCCAAACAUCAUCCGGCUUCUGGGGGUGUGCGUGCGUGAUGACCCGCUGUGCAUGAUAACAGAGUACAUGGAAAAUGGAGACCUCAACCAGUUCCUGUCACAGAGGGAGAUCUACAGCAAAUUUGCCAUUUCCAACAAUAUUCCCUGUGUCAGCUACUCCAACCUGCUGUACAUGGCCACCCAGAUUGCCUCGGGAAUGAAGUACUUAGCCUCUCUGAACUUUGUGCACAGAGAUCUGGCAACUCGCAACUGCCUGGUGGGGAACAACUACACCAUCAAAAUUGCAGACUUUGGCAUGAGCAGGAAUCUCUACAGUGGGGAUUACUACCGUAUCCAGGGACGAGCUGUACUGCCCAUACGCUGGAUGGCCUGGGAGAGCAUCCUUCUGGGCAAGUUCACCACAGCCAGCGAUGUCUGGGCGUUCGGAGUCACCCUCUGGGAGAUGUUCACACUGUGUAAGGAGCAGCCGUACAGCCUCCUUUCAGAUGAGCAGGUCAUCGAGAACACAGGAGAAUUCUUCCGGAGCCAGGGCAGGCAGCUGUCACGAUGCUUAGAAAGCCUCAUGGGUUGUCUACGAUCUAUCUCUCCCAGACUCCUCUGUGUCCUAACCCCGUGUUUGACCUGAUGUUGAAAUGUUGGAGCAGGGAUAUAAAAGAUCGUCCCACUUUUGACAUGAUUCACCACUUCCUGCUAGAACAAAUGGAAUCAAACAUUUGACUCCAGAAACAGAGGCAGAGAACAGAACAGAGUGACUCUGGUGUCUCUUUGCCUGUACCUCACGGGAAGAUGGUCAGGCCACCUUGCUCUCCUCCCUUGACUGUUCUGUAUUUAAGUUGAGACAUCCAUGGCAGCUGCUCAUUCUAUUGGCCAUGGUCUGGCAUGCAGGACCAGAGGAUCUCAUUUGGUUGGAAAAUCAUCUCCUCUUCUGUAUCAAUUCCUGGGAAUACUGUGAGAGGGGUUUCUUAGAUACCUGUACACCUUUGGGCAAAACGAAUGAGUAAAACUUGGAGGGACUUGGAGCUCUUUCCUGGGUGGAAUAGGAAGCCUCCAGCUGGUGAGAGCGCUACCACUCAAGAACAGAUUUCUAGAAGUAAAGACUUCAUUCUUCUAAAACUAUUCCAUUGAGUCAAAUGGAAGUCUUGUGCACAUUAGCAAGUGUUCCUGUCUGCUCUUGUUGCAGACAGUAUGUAUAGUGAGAGACUAGAGAUGUCUAGAGCUAGGGAACGGUUUAAUGGACUUGAGUACUACCGGAGCUGGGUUUAGCAACCCUUUGGAAGUCAUGCUACCAGGGUCUACGAAGGACGCUGAUGGAAGAGUCCAAGAUCAUGUUGUUUUUUCCUGUGGUUGUUAAGCACUGCUUUGUUCUAUAUGUGCGUUUUCCCCACACUGGAUUUUUUUUCUAGAAAAAUUGUUGAAAAUGAAUGUUCAAGGUCAUAGGAAGGUCACUGCGGUGGAAGAUCUUCUGACCUACAGAUUAAGGCUAGGGUAGGGAGUUUGUAUUGAAAAGUAGCUGAUACUGUACUACUGUCACUACGUAGAUUAAUUAGCCUAAUGAACUUGUAGCCACAAUGGACUGAUGUGCAAUUAAUCCUGUAUAAGUACCCAUUAAUAUGAGAUCUCUAAGUCAAUGCUGUUACCUGUGCAGAGGGAACUUAGAUUCAGUGAAACCAGAUGGCUGAGAGCAGAACCCGCUAUGUCACUUGUCACAGCUCACGCGAGAGGAGAAACAGCAGCACACGGGUCGUCUCUGGCACGCACACGUGCUCAGAUCCAUGUGUCCGGCACCAGCGGUGGUUCCUCAGGUCGGCAGUGGGGUUGGCGCCAUCAGCCACGCAGACGCCCUUCAGCUCAGGCUCCUUUCUUGCCGAGAUCAAAUCUGGCAGCAGGAGAUGAGGCUGAUGCAUCCCCGUGGUUUGGGUUUGCCUUUUAUUUUGGGCGCCACGCAGGACAAUUUACUCAUUGAACUUGGGGUUGGUUUUUGUUUGUUGUGUCACAAAAGGCUCAUUCUCUCGAGGGUUUUAGACGGCUCUGAAAUCCAUUUGGAGUGAGUUAGAGAAUUCAGCUUGUUUCUACAAUAAAUCCUUUGUGGAUUUACCAGGUGCCUGGGGAAUACUCUGCUGUUCCCUCUCUAAUUGUUUAGCAAGAUACUUAGGACCAAAGCAGAUAUUUCAGAAGCUAGGAGAAGCUGAAAGCUCAGCACGUGAGUUUUUUAUUUAACAGCAUAUAUUUCCAGUAAAGAUAAAUAUCUUUUAAAAUCUUGGGCACAAAUGUAGUGUGAGUGGCUGUCUGUGCUGUGAGCUCUGCAGGAGGGCACUGCUGAGAGAGGGGUUGUCACAACAGUUAGAAUGCAAGGCUAGUCGUUACGUUGAAAGAAUAAAGCUGUUUCUGACUUGGCAGGUGCCAGGAUGGAGGGUGGCCUGGCUGUGUCUCCUGCUGGAGUUUCCCAGUUUCAGCUCCUUUGACAGCACUGUGCCCGGGUUGUCCUCCUGCAGCCCCAGCCUGGGGUUUCCUUGGCUGCACGUGGGCAUCUCCAUCCCAGCAGGUCGUUUGAGCCCCGUUUAUGUUCUGCGGAGCCAGGGGUCCAAGUCACCUCAUCUCCCUGCGGGGGCUCCAUGGGCUUGGGUGAAUCUCGCCCUCAGACAGGUAUUUUUCCUCCUUUGACCAGAGGGGCCGGGGCGAGGGGCUGUUCCACGUGUGCAUUGUCUGGAGCCGGGCGAUGGGAGUCCAGGCCGGCGUGGUCCCUGCUGCAGCCCACCAGGCGCUGGUGGCUGGCGAAACACGUGUUGAUUGUGUUUCUGGAGUAUUGCUGUCCUGUCCCAGAAAACGUGCCUGAGUGAUACCUGGCCGUGUGUGUGAUCUUGUGCCCUUCAGAGUGUAGAGAUACCAGAGCGCUGUAACGUCACCUGAACGGGCUUAGUACUUCUGUUUCGUCAGGAUGCGCUGUUCCUCUGUUGACAUGUUGACAUACGAAGUUUCUCUCGUAUCAAUAAAUUUUAAUGAUAACCUUGACAGAAGUGAAUUUCUACUUUUU